AGCUGUUUCUCCUGGUCUGAGUGACUGUGGAGAAGUUUCGCUUUUACUUUUUUCAAGUUUCAUUCCUUUUUUUUGUUUUGUUUUUUAAUCCCAAAUAUUGGAUUACCUCUUAUUCCUCAUUCAGCAUUUUACGGAGAUAAACACCACCAAAAGUCUCGAAUGAUAGACUUAUUUAAGACUUUGGUUUGCACACACUUCUAAAGGACCUGAAGACACUUAUUUAUUUAUGUAUUUAUUAUUUUGACAUUUUUGCAAAUCGGUCAAAUCCUUUCCAGGUUUUAGAAGGGAAACUAAUUAACGCCUGGAGCCUGUUCUCUUCUCCCGACAUCAUCACCUUCAGCUGUGCUGCAGUCUGCUCGGCUUUGAUUUCCACAUGCAGUGGAACAUCUAAAGCCUGGUGUUCCUCAUGCUCGGGUUUUUUUAAAGUUGUUUUUAAAUGUACAAGGCUUUAUUUCUCAUAAUGUCAAUUGAAAGCUGUUUGGCGAAAGAGUGCUGUUAUUAAUUCAAGAGCCUCGUGUGUGGGGGGGGUGAUAAUUUCAGGGGUGGUGGAGGUGAAGGUAGGAUGGGGGGGUAUUAUCUUUUGCACCGUGCCCGUUGCCAUGGUUAUUAACGGGGCGGCCGCAGAGGUUAAAAGGGCGGCGGCUCGGAGCGCGCGACUCUCCGGUUGACGCGUCUGCACACUUGUGCUGGUCGUAAUGCCGCAAAACUGCGAAGCGCACACACUCCUGCAGGAGGAAAACAUUCUGAGCUCAACUCAAGACAUUUUGGAAGAAGUGUCGUGUCCGUCGUCUUCUGUCUCGUCGCCCACCGUGUCUUCUCCCCAUGCCAUGACUGAGAAAGCCAUCUGCACGAGCUGCGGCAUGGAAAUAGUGGACAAAUACCUGCUCAAGGUAAACGACAUGUGCUGGCACGUGCGCUGUCUGUCGUGCAGCGUGUGCCAGACGUCUCUCGGACGCCACAUCAGCUGCUACAUCAAAGAGAAAGAGAUUUUCUGUAAACUCGAUUAUUUCAGGAAAUAUGGGACCCGCUGCGCUCACUGCGGCAGGAACAUCCACUCCAACGACUGGGUUCGCCGAGCCAAAGGGAACACCUACCACCUGGCCUGCUUCGCCUGCUUCUCCUGCAAGCGGCAGCUGUCUACAGGAGAGGAGUUUGCUCUGGUAGACGAGAGAGUGCUUUGCCGUGUGCACUACGACCGCAUGCUGGACAACCUGAAACGUGCCAUGGAGAACGGAAAAGGAGUGAAUGUAGAAGGAGCUGUACCUUCAGAACAGGAAGUGAACCAGCCCAAGCCUGCGAAGAGAGCGAGGACGAGCUUCACAGCCGACCAGCUGCAGGUAAUGCAGGCUCAGUUUGCUCAGGACAACAACCCAGACGCCCAGACGCUGCAGAAACUGGCUGAGAGAACCGGCCUCAGCCGCCGAGUUAUUCAGGUCUGGUUUCAGAACUGCCGAGCUCGUCAUAAGAAGCAUGUGAGUCCGAAUCACUCGUCCACGGCUCCGGUGUCAUCCCUGCAGCCGGGCAGACUUUCCCCACCUCUGAUGGAGGAGCUGCAGUACACUGCGUUCACUCCGGUCGACACGCCCAUGCUCACCACUCUGCACUCGUACAUGGACGGUCAGUUCAACCCUGUCCAGUCUCCGUCGCUGGUGUUCCAGCCUCUUUUGCCCCACUCGAUGACACAGCUGCCAAUCAGCCAUGCCUGAAAGAAACCCCGCCCACUUCACUCUCUCAACCAAUCAGGUCAGAAUCUAGAGGAAAGCAUGAGGAACUUUAUCAUCACUCUGUUCGAACCGUGUCUUGCACCACGAACCCCCAUAACUCUGUUCAUGAGCGUUUACUGAAGGAUGGUCCAAGAAAACAAAGCUUUUCGAUGUUCUUUGUGAACAGCUGAAGUUUUUUGUUUGUUUGUUUAAUAUAUAAAUAUCUAUAUAACGGUUGAAUUCAAUCACCUUUAAUUUAUUUGUUGUAUGUGACUGAGCACUUUGUUUUGAAAUAAAUUUAUGAUGGAAGUCUUAGUUCCUGGUUUUUGUCGAUGUACAGCUGCUUUUUUUUUUUUGUGUGUGUGGAUGAAUUUUGGUGUUUGGAAGCUGAACAAAAUGCCAAUAAAAUGUUCAAUGCUACUGGA